CACGUGUGCUUAGUGCAGUUUCGGCAGAUGUAGCCGUGGCUCCCAGCGAAGGUUAUGUUUGUUUUUUUUCGGCUUUCGAAGUCUCAGGCACUUUUUGUGCAUGUGUGUGUAGCGCGUUGUGCGGCUGAACGCAGUCCUUCGCACAUGUUCGGAGAAUAGUCAUUUUAAGGUUUUCUUCAUUUGGUGCUCAUGAGAGAAUCAUGAUGGUGAUAUUUUAGGAAUUUGCCAUAGUAUGGCUGCUUUUCGAUCCCAGCGUGUUACAAGGUCGUCAGUUGGGACGAACGGUUUGGAUGAAAACUUCUGCGGACGGACCUUGAGGAAUCGGAGCAUAGUUCACCCUGAUGAUUCAUCCCCUCUUCCUCAGUUAAGAUCGCGAUCACCGAAAAAGAAGCAAGAAGCCACGCCGCAACAGAAGGGCACAAACAGCGGGAAAGUUAACGAAUGUAAACAGCACAACGCCCGAGAGUCCUGGGCCAGCCCUAGAAAAAGGGGACUGUUGUGUUCUGAGAAGGAUAAUCACGAGAAAAAGCCUUUGGACAUUUGUGAACCAGUGUUGCCCGUCUUCAAACGGGUAAAGCGAUGCUCCCGCUCAGAGCCUGCGGAUGGCCUGGAGGAUGCAUCGCCGCCUGUUAAGAAUGAAAAGACUUCACUCGAGCGGAAGGGCUCAGCCGCAAACAAUGAUGGGGACUCAUCGCAGCUCAAACGCGCUCGACGGUUUCUUUUACUGGAUGAUUGUGACAAAAGGGAGAUCAAAAAAAUGAAGGACUUGGAUGGUGGACGUGAGGACUCAUUGCUGCUGAAAGAGGUGUCUGCUCACCAAGCUGCCAAUGGGAUCAAUGAGAAAGAUGUUGCUGCUGCUCCAGAGUGCAGUGAGUGUGAACCUCUUCAUUUGAACAAUAAACCAAAACGUGUUGAUAUGCGUGCACCCAUUUUACCAACAGAAACUGAAAAUGUUAACUCAGUUGGCCAUUCGCUGCUGCUGCUAAAUGGCAGUAAGGUGGCCACCAUUUCAGAGCCUGAUGUGCCUUCUAGAGAUUCGGAGUGGGAAGACUACAAGACAGUAAGUGACUGCCACUCUGUGUCGCAAACCAGUCAGUCACAACAAUCUACCGCAUUUCUAGCAACUGAAAACCCAUCGCAAAUCAGGGAAUCAGAGGAAGAAGUCGAUGUUGUGGGGUAUAGCUCAUCCCUGUUGAAAGAACAGUGUUUUGAAAAUGCCAGUUGCAGUAUAGAUGCUGCUCAGGAUGUUGAACAGAUCUCAGGGGUGGCUGAUUCUUCUGCAGUGCCAGACUCUGGAUUAGGGUCCUUGUUUGAAUCCCAAGAACACAGAUAUGCACUGAGAACUUCGCCCAGAAGGGCUGCAGUUAACAAGAGCAGUCCUCAAAAGAUAUGUUCACCCCCCAGGGACAAUGGGCAGGUGGAAGAUAAAUUUCCCAGUCUUAAUGAAUGUGAACUGGCCAUCGGAGCAGUAAUGGCUGCAGACAGGGAACAUUGUGCGAAAUUGGACGAUGACUCUCGAGCUAAAAGGGAGCUGCCUCUAGAUGGGGCUGGAGACAGUUGCAGUGGUAAUGUACCCAACUCGCCUGCACACCUGGGGCUGGACAGAGGGCAUUUGCCCACAAGCAGGGAGAAUAGCAGCCAGCAGUCUAGAGAAGAGGAGGAGGAGGAAGAGCCUGAUGUAUACUACUUUGAAUCAGACCAUGUGGCACUGAAACACAACAAAGAUUACCAGAGGCUGCUACAGACUAUUGCUGUAUUAGAAGCCCAGCGGGCCCAAGCUAUUCAAGAUCUGGAAUGUUUAAGCAAAUAUCAGAAGGAAGGACUGAAGGAACCCAUAACAUUUGUAGAAAAUCUGCAAAAGAAGGUUGACAUGGGGCUCCCGUGUCCCCAAAGAGUCGUUCAGCUGCCUCAGAUUCCGUGGGACCAUUAUACAUCUGGAAUUGGACAUUUUGAUAAAGAAUACAGAAAUAAGAAACACAACACACGGAGGUUAAAACUCAUCUUUGACAAAGGAUUGCCUCUGAGACCAAAAAGUCCCAUGGAUUCCAAGAAAGAUGCAGAGUCAUCAUCCUCUUCUUUUUACUCUUCAGUGUUGCCUUCAAGUGAUGCUCCUGAAGUAAUGAUAUCAAACAGUCGUGCGCAGAUAAUACGAGGAAGAAUUUGUGAUGACUCCAAGUCAGAAACAUUUAACCAGCUAUGGAGUGUAGAAGAACAGAAAAGGUUAGAGGAACUGCUUCUUAAAUAUCCCCCGGAAGAAGUGGAAACACGACGCUGGCAGAAGAUAGCAGACAAAUUGGGUAACCGGACUGCCAAGCAGGUUGCCAGCAGGGUGCAGAAAUAUUUUAUUAAGUUGGCUAAAGCGGGGAUCCCUAUUCCAGGCAGAACUCCAAACGUGUACCUGCAUUCAAAAAAGACUUCAAACAGGCGCCAACACCCUCUCAAUAAGCACCUCUUCCGGCCAUCCACCUUCAUGACAUCGCAUGAACCUCCAGUCUACAUGGACGAUGAAGAUGACCGGGGCAGCUUUUAUAGCAGUCAGCUUGAUGCAGCCGCUGAUGAUGAGAUUUCGGAUGAUGAAAGCAUUCCACCUUCGUGUCGACACAUGGCAGAAUACAAAGAGUUACUAUGCUUGAAGAAACUGAAAAAGCAGAAACUUGAGCUAAUACAGGCGGAGAGCAGUUUUGUACAGCACAUCGGGUACAAGUGCGAUAACUGUGGCACGGAGCCAAUUCUUGGAUUACGGUGGCAUUGCCAAGACUGCCCACAGGACAGCUCGGUAGAUUUCUGUGAUAGUUGUUCUGACUGCCUGUAUGAAACAGAGAUUCACAAGGUCGACCAUCAGUUGGACCCUAUCUACAGAGUUGAGACAUUUCUGGACAGAGAUUACUGCAUGUCUCAGGACACUAGUUACAAUUACCUUGACCCAAAUUACUUCCCAGCAAACAGAUGACAAAGAGGGCAUGGUUGGGGAGGAAAAAAAGAAACUCCUAAUGGGGAUUGGUUUAUGCUCUUCAGUGCAUUACAGUAAAAAGGCUCCAUUUGUUGAUUCCAUGCACAAAUCAGAAGGGUCCUGCUGCUGUUUCAUAUGUGCCCACAACUGAUGGCUUCACUGGGCACCCUCAACUGUGGCCCUAUGCUCCCUGUGGUCCUUUAUAAAUCAUUCAACGGCAGCUGAACAUUCCUAACAUACAACAGGUUUCCUCGAGAUGCCUUCCACACUCUCUCUCUCUCUCUCUCUCUCUCUCUCUCUCUCUCUCUCUCUCUCUCUCUCUCUCUCUCUCUCUCUCUCUCUCUCUCCCUCCCUCCCUCCCUCCCUCCCUCCCUCCCUCCCUCCCACACUCACAAAGUUCAGUUGCUAUCUGCCGAUGGAGAUGAAGGAGGAAGGGAAGGCGAGAUGGGUACAAAAAGCACAGGCCCAGUCAUUUAAUUCCAAAGGCGAGAUCGGUUUCUGUGACAAUGACUGUUCUCUUAAACCAUAAUAUGAUGUAGAUAAAUGUCUAUGUAGACGAGUAUUUAUGGAACCACAUGAUACAUUAGAUUUGCUAUUAUGUCGUGUAGUGUAUAGUCCUAUCUGCACGAAAGUGGGCUGCCUUUUGGUGUUGGAAAGGAAGUUUUGUUAUGUUUUACAUAAGAGAAAGAGUGUGCUGAGUUUUAUAAACUAGUAAAGUUGACGGUAGAGGUGCUGAAUGUGGUUAUGACCCAGUGCACUGGGUCUGCCUAACCAGCUGCUUCCUCCCAAGUAGGUCUCUCACCUUCCAUCUCUCAGUCCCUCCACUGAGCAACAGCGCAAAGCACUACGUGAGGCAAAGAAUCUCGGGGACAACAACAAUAAAACCUGGCCGUAUUUUCCUUUGCAACCCCCCCCCCCCCCCCCCACCUGCUCCCUCCCCACAAACAAAGCUGCACAGAUGAAGUUUGAAUACAAGUCAGUCGUCAGUGAAAGUGUUUUUAGAUGUAAUGUGAUAUAAAACGACUAUGUAAUGUGUACAAAAAUAUGGUGAAUAAAGUACAGUGGUAGCAACAGUGUACAUCACUUUAUACAAUAUAUAUCCACGUGCGUGUGUGUGCGCCUGUGUGUAUAUGCACACUCUCUCACACACAUUCACUCACUUCAAUUUCAAUAGAGCCCCUCCCUGAAUCCCGUAAAAUGAGAGUUGGCCCCACAACUCAUUAACAAAACUGCCUAUAAAAGAUAAUCAAGUAUUAUAAUAAAUUCCCUUUUUUGUAGUCUGCACAAAAGCUCUGUUUGCUGAAAGAUUGUAUUUUUACUAUGUAUUUAAAUGAUUGAUCGAAACUAGUCAGCAGUGAGCACGGGCUUCAGCUGCAAAUGUUUUUACUAGUAGUUGUGCAUUGAAUAGAACAUUUUUGUACGGUUUCAGUUUCUGGCCUCAUCUGUGUGUAUGCAACAUGUUCUUAUACAGAUCUGUACAACUGUCAGGAGAACUGUGAGAAAUAAAAGCCAUGUG